GCGUGCACACACGAGAAGCAUGAAACGUGCAUCAGUGGUCGUCUCGAACACAGUGGUCACACUGUCCGACCGCUGGACACCGAGUGAUGGGGACGGGACAGGCUGCAGGGACAGGGACUUCCUGCGUCGUCUCCGGACAUACAGUGCGUGGACGGGAAGAAAGACUCCAGACACCUUGCAAUUGGCUAGAGCAGGCUUUAUCUAUACAGGUAUCGGAGACAAGGUUGAGUGUGAACGCUGUGGUCUGAAGCUCCUCAACUGGACGGACACAGAUGACGCCCUACACGAACAUGCCAAUAGGAGGACUCACUGCCCCUUCAUCGUCUCCUUGUACCGGAAGCUGGGACGGACUCCGCCUCCAAAACAUCCCAAGUACCAAUCUCUACAGGCACGGCUAGAUUCCUUCGUUGAUUGGCCGAGAAGAUAUGUCCCCAAAACUCCCCAGGAACUGGCAUCAGCGGGCUUCUUCUACAUCGGGUCAGCUGACCGGGUCACGUGUUUCCAGUGUGGGAUAACUCUGAGAGACUGGGAGGAAGAACAUGACCCUGUGGCGGAACAUCAGAGAUACUCGGAACACUGUCAGUUCAUCAACAAGACAGACCUGAACCAGCUUGGAGUUGCUGCUAGGACAGUGGAAUGUGAGCCCUCAAAUGACGCGGGCCAACAGAAUCCAGAUCCUGUUGCAAACCAAGACACGCAUAUUGCUAUAGACCACAUACACGAUACGCCAUCUACUGGUGUAACCAGCCAAGGACGAGCAUUUGAAACAGCUUGCCUAAUAUGUCAGACAACAAAAGACGACCUCACUUCUGCUGUGUUGUUGGUUGUAUCUACUCCAUCGACACAAGCUGAUGGAAAGGACACAUCUUCUGGAGACAAUGUUCCCUUUUCAGAACUAGGGACAGGGAAGAAAACCACACUUUCCCCUCUUCAAAUGCCAACAUCCUCGGAUACAAAACCAGCCACAACAUCGUCUACUUCUCGCACCGAUCCUUCUAUCACUCGAUCAUCUCGGAGGUUGGCUGAGAACAAGCUUCUGAAAAUGAGACGCGUGUGCAGGGUAUGCCAGAACGAGGCUGUCGUACUUGUACUGUUAAAUAUACUGCCCAGCCUUUAUCCUUUUAUUUAUUAUUUUUUGUCAUUGCCUGUACACCAUCUAGGUAUCGGAGACAAGGUUGAGCGUGAACUCUGUGGUCUGAAGCUCCUGAACUGGACGGACACAGAUGACGCUCUACACGAGCAUGCCACCAGGAGGACUCACUGCCCCUUCAUCGUCUCCUUGUACCGGAAGCUGGGACAGACUCCGCCUCAAAAACAUCCCAAGUACCAAGCUCUACAGGCACGGCUAGACUCCUUCGUUGAUUGGCCGAGAAGAUAUGUGCCCAAAACUCCCGAGGAACUGGCAUCAGCGGGCUUCUUCUACAUCGGGUCAGCUGACCGGGUCACGUGUUUCCAGUGUGGGAUAACUCUGAGAGACUGGGAGGAAGAACAUGACCCUGUGGCGGAACAUCAGAGAUACUCGGAACACUGUCAGUUCAUCAACAAGACAGACCUGAACCAGCUUGGAGUUGCUGCUAGGACAGUGGAAGGUGAGCCCUCAAAUGACGCGGGCCAACAGAAUCCAGAUCCUGGUGCAAACCAAGACACGCAUAUUGCUAUAGACCACAUACACGAUACGCCAUCUACUGGUGUAACCAGCCAAGGACGAGCAUUUGAAACAGCUUGCCUAAUAUGUCAGACAACAAAAGACGACCUCACUUCUGCUGUGUUGUUGGUUGUAUCUACUCCAUCGACACAAGCUGAUGGAAAGGACACAUCUUCUGGAGACAAUGUUCCCAUUUCAGAACUAGGAACAGGGAAGAAAACCACACUUUCCCCUCUUCCAAUGCCAACAUCCUCGGAUACAAAACCAGCCACAACAUCGUCUACUUCUCGCACUGAUCCUUCUAUCAGACGAUCAUCUCGGAGGUUGGCUGAGGAGAACAAGCUUCUGAAAAUGAGACGCGUGUGCAGGGUAUGCCAGAACGAGGCUGUCGGUGAACUCUUCCUUCUCUGUGGUCAUCUGGUCACGUGCUCUGUUUGUGCACCUAAGGUGAAUGAAUGCGUCAUGUGCAAGAAGACAAUACUUGGGACAGUGAAGGUAUUCAUGACGUAGCCCAGGUUGUAAACUACAAUGUUUUCACGACAACGUGUAUUUGGAUAUCUGGACGAUCAUUGUUAUGGUAAUAUAGGGCUGCUUGGCAAGUCAUUGAGUAUAAAAUGUCAUACAAAUGUGUUUCCGUUAUCCCUGGGUAGCUUUUAUAGUUUAACCCUGCCAUGAAAACGUUUAUUCGUUUAUUCAUCUAUAUAAUGCUCUUUAUGAUAUAUUUCAAAAGAACGAAAACAUUAUUUCAGAGUAUAUCGUGAUUCUAUUUAUUUGAAUUUGUUUCGUCAUAACCUCAUACACGGGUUUUUUCAAUCGGAUUUCUCGAAUUUAUGGUUAAUGUAGACCUCAUUAUAAGAUUAAUUAUUCAAAUACAAUUAUUGUCAAAAAAUUCAUUAUCAGUUAUAAACUGGAGUGGAUUUUUAUGUAUAUAAUUAUAAUGUUAACAUUUGUUCAGGCAGUGACAUUGCAAUUGUUAUUUACUGAUUCAUCAGUUAAAUCGUACAUUGCUUAAACUGUAUGUUUUCACUGAAUAAAUCAUGCGGUCACACUU